CGGCUGUGUAGUUUUUCUUGACAACAAAAUGGAUGGUGACAACAAUCCACCGAAGUCGAAGGCAACGACUAAAAAACUGGCUAAUAUUACUGCAAAUGAUGGAGCUGUUGUACCCUACGAUAUGGAUGACAUCCAGCCUUCCAUCUCGGACCAGCAGAAGGUUGGGUUCUUCCGUCAGGACCGGGCUUCCCAGACCCUGGAGUCUGAGAUCCUGGAACUCAAGCAGAUGACCUUCGUUCUGCAGACCUUGCUCAGGGAAUCAAAGGAGCUGAAACGAGAACUUGCAGUGGCUAAGCAGGUGAUGAGAGCAGACUAUGAGAACAAACUCCAAGAAAAAGCUCUUGACAUGUACUGCAGAAUCAACGAACAUGUGGAAGCCCUGGAAAAGGCCCAUCGAGAGCGCGUGGAGGUAGUGAGGAGAAGCUUCAGACAACAACUCACAAAUAGCAUCGCAAAGAUCGCCCAUGAUUGGAAGAAUCAUGCAAGUAAAAAGAUGAAUGCUGAGCUGAAGAAACAGAAUAGUAACACCGCCGCCCUACAAGAUGAGCACAAGGCACUACAGAAUCAGGUAGCAUCUCAGGAAGGCAUCAUCGAGAUGCUCAAGAUGCAACUAGAACAACAGGCAAACGCCCCAAGGAGUGAGGCUUCGACACCCACCGCCGUUUAUGAGGUGGAGGCGCUCAAGGAUGAGAUGGUGGCCAUGAAGAGGAAAGUGGAUGGUUUAGAAUCAGCUCUAGACGGCAAAGAUGAACUCAUAGAAGAAUUGAACAGAGAUAUGGAGAGACUGAACAAAGAUGUGGAGAAAGAACGAAUACACAUAAAACAGCUACUGAAAGAGUUGGAGGAAUCGAAAGCUACAGCAAUGCAAGAGAUCUCAUCCUUGAAGAGACAGGCUGAAAAGCAGAGACUGAACCAAGAAAAGGAUAUGCAGGAAAAAAUGAAAAAGUCAAGAGAUGAGAUGUUGAACCUCGCCAAGCAGCACGCAGCAGACGCACAAAAGGCAGAGGAAGCAAGGAUGAAACUUGAGGCGGAGAAAGAGAAGCAAGAGAGGGAACUCCAAAAGAAUGAACAAGCAACCUUUGCAAAGGCAGCAGAGUCCGGAGAAGAAAUAUCCAAAUUGAAUCGACUGGAGAAACAUCUGAGAGGAGAAAUUGCAAGAUUGAAGAAAGAGCUGGCUAAGAGCACUAAAUUAUGGGAGAAGAAGUUUAGCGUCUUGCAGAGAAGCAUGUAUGCCUUGAAGGAUGAGAGCUAUCUCCGACAAACGCUACAGAAGCAAGCUGCCACUCUCCACCAUGCAACAGUCACGUAUGCUAAUGAUGCCCCAGGCAGCCAAGUGUCAAGAAAUGCAGCCAUCCAACCCCAGGCGCCCCAGCCAACACCCAACACCAAGCACAGCAAGGGACCACAUCCUCCUCUGCCCGGUAUAGGUCAGAUUAAUCCUACCAGGGACAGAAAGUUGGAUGUCAUGUCAGCAUACACUGUCUCCCCACCCCCAGGGCGAGGCAUAGAACUUUUCUCAGUCAAUGAGGGUCAGAUUGUAGAACCAGACGAUGAUUAUGAAGCCUUCACCGAUGGAAACUUCUUGCCCCUUCCUACCCCUCCCCCACCCAGGUGGAUAAACGACGACAGCAGACCUCCGUCCGCCAACCCUGGUAUUUUGAUGGCAUCCUGAUUCCUGCUAAUGUUGGUGAACUUCUGGAAUAUAAAGCUGUGGUCUUUUUGGUUCAUUUUGCCCCCAAAUCUUGUAGCAUAUUCCACUAAAGACACAUGAUCUUGGUUUUUCCUGGGAAAUUUGACACCGUUCUGCUAUAUAUACAUGACGUUCCUGAUAAAGGAUGUUAUAGAUCUGUCAAAAAGAGUGGUCUUCACUUUGAUAGCUGAGAGCUCUUGCAUAAUGUGCGCAUCCUCCACCAACUUCAGAAGUAUUCCAAGACCAUUGCGUUGCUAUUCCAUUGUUACACCAGUAUUACUUCAUGUUGGUUUGCUAUUUCAUCAGGUCAAAAAGAAAGGACAAAUGAUGAGGUGUCUGAAGUAUAAAGAAAUAAAGGGUUUUACAUGACUUCACGACAUGAACAAAUAAAUGUUCUUACUUCAACUCUUUUCUGCCCCUGUAUAAGUAUGGAGUUACAUGUACAUGUACAUUGUUAAUGGGGUACAGAGCAAACACCACCAUGGCCAUUGAUUCGCUACUCAAUUGUUAAACCAGUAUUACUUCAUGUUGCUUUAAUUUUUCAUUAGGUUAACGAAAAAAGAACAAAUGAUGAGGUGUCUCAGGACAAGAACAAAUUCAUUUUCUUACUUUAACUCCUUUCUUACCGACCUGUAUAAGUCUUGAGUUACAUGUACAUUGUUAAUAGAUACAGAGCAAACAACUAUUCAAAAGGAAGGCUGAUCAAAUGUUGUGAGGAAGCCAUCGGUUGGUCAUCUGGAUACAGUGAUAAUAUUUUUAUUUUUUGUAAAAGUGCUCCACGCACUAUUGGGUACACUGUGGUGAAGGCUCUUGACUCUCGUAUGAGAAGUCUGGAUUGUGAUCCUUGAAGAGUUCUUACAAUGUACAUCUUCGCACAAGAUGUUGUGCCAACUUUUUGUCCCAGGUGUAUUAAAAAUGGAUACCUGGCAAUGCUGGAGACUGGGGUAAUAUUUGCCAUGCACAGAUGGUGUGGUAUUAAUACUUGAUGUGGCUACCCUGUUCAUUACGCCGGCCCAAGUAAAUAGUUUGUUACUUGAUGUAAAGGUGUCACUGGCCAUUUUUUGUUCUUCUUUAAAAAUUGGUCACAUGUAUUGCCCCAUUUAUAUUUCAUCUCAUUAUCUACCUUUAAAUUUCCACUUACUUUUCUUUCUUUUCCCCUUCUUCUCUCCCCACCUCAUUCUUGCUGUUUGACUGUAGCUAUUCCAUUGGUCAAUAUCUUUCUCUGUCUUUCUCUCUCUCUGUCUUUCUUUCUCUCUCUCUCUCUGUCUUUCUCUUUCUCUGCUUUCUUCUUCUCUUUUGGAUUAUCUCUCUUUUACAUUCUCUCACUUCCUCAUGCUCUUUCUCUCUCUCUUUCUAUUUCUGUGCAAACUCUGCGUCAUAGGAGCUUUUAGUGUACCCAAUGUGACCUUUGUGACUGGUCAGGUAUGCAGUGAUAUCGAUACACCGCCUGGGUAUUAUUGGAAGGUAUUCAUUUUCAUUUAUGCAAGAGGUAUGGUUUCAAUUCCAUACACUCCCACAUACAUGUACAAUGCAUGGAGAUGGCAGAACAAAUGAAGAACAGAAUCUAGUCUUUUCUCGAACACAAUGGGCACUGUAUUAUCAAAACUUCUGUGUCAAGAGAUCAAUGUGCUUGGUUGUUGAAGAUCUUUUCCACAAAAUGCCCUCUUCUUUAAAUCAAUAGUUGAAGAAUAAUUUCUGUAAAAUUGUAGCCGACCCAGCCACGUUUAAUACCAUUUGCCCAGUUUAAUUUACAGAUGAAAAGGUUGGCAUUCAGCGCUUCAUAAAUCAGUGGAAUAACUUGAUGCACUAGACAGAAUAGGGCAAUUGAAAUUGUGACAUGUUGUAUUGUGCCUAGUCUUGAGGUUGACUAUUUCCCAAUUCUAGCUACCGCAACUACAGUAUUUGGCCAUAGAGGGCAGCACCUGCCACGAGCGUAUUUGGCAAAGGCACUUCCGGUUCCCAUACAAAUACAAUGGGUCAAGAACUGGGAAGUCUGAUAAAAAAUUAUAGUUUACGGUAUAUGUAUAAGUAACAGAGUAUGAUGGUGCCCACAUAGAUCUCAUCAAAUCGUUGGGGGAGUAGAUGAAACCUGAAUAAUAGCUUAGUAAAAUAAGAAAUCAGUUGACACUGCAGUACAUUCUCUAUAAAAGCUGGAAGAAACCUUGUUGUAUCGUCUUCCUAGAUAUUGUAAUUGCACAUGUGCAUAUUACAUGUUACUUAUGUUAUAGUGUUUGAUCUUUUUCCCCUCCGAAAGUUCUUGAGUAUAUUUUGAGAAGAUACUUAAAACUGCUGAUAGUAUAUGCUAGCUUGUUCAGUUUUUAAACAUAUGCACGCUGUAUCGAUCAAUCAUGUCGCGAGCCAGAAGGGAAUUUAACUAUGUAAAAUUAAAUGCAGCUCUUCGCAAAUAAAAUGUAAAUAUUUAGAUGCAAGGUAUUCACUGCUGUAUAGAACAUUUUACUGUAUAUAUUGUAAAUAAGAUUACUUCCAUUAUACAUGUAUGUAUUAAAGUAAAACCGUCCAAAAUUUAUAGUGAUGAAUGUAUAUGCAAUUAUUGUUGCCUUGUGAAUGAAUACUCACCGAUCAAUUUUAUUUAUUGAAUUAAAUUGUCUCAAUAUAAACACCCACCAAAUGCGAAUGAAGUCAGUGAACAAUAUUUUCUUAUCUUUUUCCUACCAUUUGUAAUAGGCAAAGGUGUUACAUCAUACAUGUACAUUAUUGGUUCUGGUGGAGAGGAAAGUAUUUUCAUGAAUAAAUGAGGCAAUAGUUCCUUUAAA